GAGAAAGGAUACAAAAGCUCGACGACAUUGCGAAUUGGAACUGUCAACCAAAGAACUCAACAAGCGAACAAUUGAACCCUAAAUCAGCAAACAAGCCAACAACAACGAAGACGACGCAAUGGCUAUCAUUUCGAUCCCUGGCGACUAUGGCUACGUCCUCCUCGCCGCCGUCUCGACCUUCGUAGUCGGCGCCUGGCAAGGCGGGCGCGUCGGCGCAUUCCGCAAAGCCGCCAAAGUGCCCUACCCCUUCGAGUACGCCUCCUACGAGCAGAUCCAAACCGCAUCGCCCGCGUCGUCCAAAGCCAUGCUGGCCUUCAACUCCGCCCAGCGCGCGCACCAGAACUUCAACGAGAACCACCCGACCGCGCUGGGCGCAAUGGCGAUUGCCGGCCUCAAGUACCCCACCGCAACGGCUGUUUUAGGAGCUGUGUGGUCUGUCAACCGCGUCAUCUAUGCGGUUGGGUACACGAAUGGUAGCGAGGGCGGUAAGGGCAGGUACUAUGGCAUUCUGUGGAUGUUGGCGCACUAUGUUAUGAUCGGAAUGGCUGGUAAGGCCGCUUGGGAUUUGGCUAUGGCGUAGAGUAUGUCCGUGGGGAAAGAUGAGACUGGUUGAGUGGAUUGGUUGGAUUCAUCAUGGUAGUCUAGAAUAAGUUCAAUCGAACAUCACAAUGAGUCUUGGUCGUUCUUCUCCUUG